AUGCCGGUGAUGAGGGGACUGCUCGCGCCGCAGAACACCUUCCUCGACACCAUCGCCACGCGCUUCGACGGCACCCAUAGCAACUUUGUGCUGGGGAAUGCCCAGGUACAGUCCCUCUACCCCAUCGUGUACUGCUCGGAUGGGUUCUGUGAGCUGACAGGCUACGCUCGCGCUGAGCUGAUGCAGAAGAGCUGUGCGUGCAACUUUCUGUAUGGGCCGGAGACAAGUGACAAGCUGACGGCCCAAAUCCAGAGCGCUCUGGAUGACCGACGGGAAUUCAAGACCGAACUGGUUUUCUACAAGAAAGGAGGUACUCAGUUCUGGUGUCUGCUGGAUAUCGUGCCCAUUAAGAAUGAGAAAGGAGAGGUCGUGCUGUUCCUCGUGUCCCAUAAAGACAUCACAGACAAUAAGAAGGACCAGGAUGAAGAACAGUGUCCUGAGAUGGAUGAGGAGACAGGACUGGAGGUUCACAAGGUUACGCGGCCGCAGGGCUUCAACGCUAACCGGCGGCGCAGCCGGGCUGUGCUAUACCAGCUCUCAGGACAUCUUCAGAAACAGGACAAGAGCAAACUCAAGAUCAAUAACAAUAUGUUUGGUGAGAAGCCGCCCAUCCCCGAGUACAAGGUAGCAGCCAUUCAGAAGUCCCGCUUUAUCCUUCUUCAUUACGGUACCUUCAAGGCUGGCUGGGAUUGGUUGAUUCUUUUAGCCACCUUUUAUGUGGCAGUCACUGUUCCUUAUAACGUAUGCUUCACUGUGGUUGGUGCACGCGACGACGUAACACCCAGAAGUCCGAGUGUGAGCGACAUCUUAGUGGAGAUCCUUUUUAUGCUAGAUAUUUUGUUGAACUUCCGCACCACGUUUGUGAGCACAUCAGGCCAGGUGGUAUAUGAUGCUCGCUCCAUCUGUGUGCACUACGUCACCACCUGGCUCUUUGUCGACCUAAUCGCUGCGUUACCCUUUGACCUGCUCUACGCGUUCAAUGUCAGUGUGUACUUUGGAGUUCAUCUACUAAAAACCGUUCGGUUGUUAAGACUCCUGCGCUUGCUUCAGAAACUAGAGCGCUACUCGCAGUAUAGUGCCGUGGUGCUGACCUUGCUCAUGUCGAUGUUUGCUCUGCUGGCUCACUGGAUGGCGUGUGUCUGGUACUUUAUUGGACGCAGUGAGAUCGAGAAUAAUACACCUGGAUCCUGGGACAUUGGCUGGCUGCACGAGUUGGCCAAACGUCUGGACACGCCAUACUUCCUCUCUCCCCUCACGUCCCUUCUUCCAGAUUCACUGCGACCCAACAUCCAAGAAGGUCUGAGUGGAAAUGUGAGCCAGUGGAACUCCUCCAGCAGUGAUAUAGUGGGGCAGGACUCUGCCGCAAACUCCAGCCAGUGGAACGGGACCGGAGCAAGGCCAGUGGAUGAUGUCGGCUCAGUUCUGGGUGGUGGCCCGUCAGUGCGGAGCUCCUAUGUGACAUCGCUCUACUUCGCUCUAAGCAGUCUGACCAGCGUGGGCUUCGGCAACGUUUCAGCUAACACAGACUCCGAGAAGAUCUUCUCCAUUUGCACCAUGUUGAUUGGAGCGCUGAUGCAUGCUGUAGUCUUCGGUAAUGUGACAGCCAUCAUCCAGCGUAUGUACUCCCGUCGCUCACUUUACCACACACGCACCAAAGACCUAAAGGACUUCAUCCGUGUUCACCGACUGCCCAAGGCCUUGGAACAGCGCAUGCUGGAGUGCUUUCAGACCACAUGGUCUGUAAACAAUGGCAUCGACGUCAGUGAGCUGCUGAAGGACUUCCCUGAUGAGCUGCGAGCAGACAUCGCCAUGCACCUGAACAAAGAGCUGCUGCAGCUGCCGCUUUUCGAGUCGGCCAGUCGCGGGUGUCUACGCUCGCUCUCGCUUAUCAUCAAGACGUCGUUCUGCGCACCCGGAGAGUUCCUCAUCCGCCAGGGCGACGCGCUGCAGGCCAUCUACUUUGUCUGCUCAGGCUCCAUGGAGGUGCUCAAGGACAACACAGUACUGGCCAUACUGGGUAAGGGCGACCUGAUCGGCUCGGACUCUCUGACGAGGGAGCAGGUGAUUAAGACCAACGCUAACGUAAAAGCUCUGACCUACUGUGACCUGCAGUACAUCAGCCUGAAGGGGCUGCGUGAGGUGCUGCGCCUCUACCCAGAGUACGCACAGAAAUUUGUCAGCGAGAUCCAGCACGACCUCACCUACAAUCUGCGCGAGGGCAACAAUACGGAUGUGGACUGGGAAAGCAAUGGCGGCCUGGUCAAGAAACUGCCCUCCAUUCGUGAGGAUGAAGAGAAUGACGAAGAGCAGCUCUCCGUAUCGCGAGCACCUCGCUCACCUUUGCGUCUUACCAGGGGGCUCAGCUCACCCCUGCGCUCACCCCUUCUGCCGCCAAGGCCCUUUCGUCCCCCCUCUGAUCACAGCCGCCCGGCCACACUUCAGAUACCUGUGGUCAGCUUCAGUAGUGCCCCUCCGGAACUCAGUCCCAGGUUUGUGGAUGGCAUCGAGACCGAGAGCAAUUCUGGUUCAGCACAAAGGUUUGAGUUCAGCUCUAACCUUAGUGGCCCUCCAUCCCCCAGUCCAGUGAGCCAAGAUCAGGUGGAAACCAAGCAGAGCAUCAGCAAACUGAGCGAAGAGAUGAACAGCUUGUCAAAACAGGUCUCCCAGCUCAGUAAGGAAUUGCAGGAGAUGACUCGCCUUCUCCGCCCUCUGUUCCUCACUACUGCUCAGCCACUCCUCUCAACCCCCCCACCAUCAACUUUACCUGGCAGUGGUCUGUCCAUGAACUCACCUACAGCCCCACAUCCUCCAGCCCCACCUUGCUCUCUCUUGGACAUCGCAGACCCGGUGGGGGUGGUAGGGCUUCCCAGCUGCCUCAUACCCACCAGCCCACCACAGAGACCGCAAUCCCAGGUGGUUUGUUCAAAUAGCUCCCCUCAUGCAAGCCUGUCCCAAUUAGAGACUAUUCAGAAAGAUGGCACAAGGGCAGGGCAGCAUGACAUCCCUCUUGGCCCUACCAGUGGCUAUGGGCAGGCAGCUCCAGACCGGCUUGCCUCUCAUGCCACAUCCCCCUCUCUUUCCUUCUCCCUGUCCAUGUCUUCAUCCCGCUCCCAGUCACCUUCCUUGACACCUUGUCAAGGGCCGCACCCCUCCUGCCCCACCAGCUGCACACAGGGCCUGUUAUUUCCCCCCUCAUCACAAGACAUCCCACCAUCAUCCCAGGACACCCCACCCUCACCACACUCCCAUUGCUCAGCACCUGCUUCACUAAGUAACUCCCCAGGUGACCACCCGUGGCACCAGCAGACCUCCAGCUGUGCCCAGGCAGCGUCUGGCACUGAGCAACCUCAGCUGGAACUGGAGAUGCAGGAGUGGGAUGCAGGAGGGAAGAGCUCAACAGAGCACAUCAGCUUCAUCGAUGAGGAAGGACCACCACUGUGA